AAAUCAUGACAACUUCAGGAAAAGAGAACUUCCGACUGAAGAGCUAUAAAAACAAGUCUCUUAAUCCUGAUGAAAUGCGCCGCCGGCGGGAGGAAGAGGGCCUCCAGCUACGGAAGCAGAAACGAGAGGAGCAGCUGUUUAAACGUAGAAAUGUUGCUACAGCUGAUGAAGAAGCGGAAGAGGAAGUUAUGUCAGAUGGCGGCUUCCAUGAAACCCAAAUGAAUAACAUGGAAAUGACUUCUAGUGCGGUGAUCACAUCUGAUAUGACUGAGAUGAUUUUCUCCAAUAGUCCAGAACAGCAGCUCUCAGCUACCCAGAAAUUCCGAAAACUUCUCUCAAAAGAACCAAAUCCUCCUAUAGACGAGGUCAUCAGUACACCAGGAGUCGUGCCCAGGUUUGUAGAGUUCCUCAAACGGAAAGAGAACUGCACUUUACAGUUUGAAGCUGCCUGGGUGCUGACUAACAUUGCCUCCGGAAAUUCCCUUCAGACUCGGAUUGUGAUCCAAGCAGGAGCUGUUCCUAUCUUCAUAGAGCUCCUCAGCUCAGAAUUUGAAGAUGUGCAAGAACAGGCUGUUUGGGCCCUCGGCAAUAUUGCAGGGGACAGUACUAUGUGUAGAGAUUACGUGCUGGACUGCAACAUCUUACCCCCUCUAUUGCAAUUGCUUUCCAAACAGAAUCGUCUCACCAUGACUCGGAAUGCUGUGUGGGCACUCUCUAAUCUUUGCAGAGGAAAGAAUCCUCCCCCAGACUUUGCUAAGGUCUCCCCCUGUCUGAGUGUGCUGUCAUGGCUGCUCUUUGUCAACGACACAGACGUCCUAGCAGAUGCUUGCUGGGCACUCUCAUACUUGUCUGAUGGACCCAAUGAUAAAAUCCAGGCUGUGAUUGAUGCAGGAGUAUGUAGGAGACUUGUGGAACUCCUGAUGCAUAAUGACUACAAAGUGGUAUCUCCUGCUUUGCGAGCAGUUGGGAACAUUGUUACAGGGGAUGAUAUCCAGACCCAGGUAAUAUUGAAUUGUUCGGCUCUGCAGAGUUUACUACACUUGCUUAGCAGUCCUAAAGAAUCAAUAAAAAAGGAAGCAUGUUGGACAAUAUCAAACAUCACAGCUGGAAACAGAGCGCAGAUUCAGACUGUCAUAGAUGCCAACAUUUUCCCAGCUCUGAUAAGUAUAUUGCAAACUGCCGAGUUUCGGACAAGAAAAGAAGCAGCUUGGGCUAUUACUAACGCAACAUCUGGUGGCUCUGCUGAGCAGAUCAAGUACCUGGUAGAACUUGGCUGCAUCAAACCACUCUGUGACCUCCUGACGGUAAUGGACUCGAAGAUUGUGCAGGUGGCUCUUAAUGGGCUGGAAAACAUCCUGAGACUGGGCGAGCAAGAAGCCAGGCGAAGUGGAACUGGCAUUAACCCAUACUGUGCACUCAUUGAGGAAGCCUACGGCCUGGAUAAGAUUGAAUUCCUCCAGAGUCACGAGAACCAAGAAAUCUACCAGAAGGCCUUUGAUCUGAUUGAGCACUACUUUGGGACAGAGGAGGAAGACAGCAGCAUCGCCCCCCAAGUCGAUCUUGGCCAGCAGCAGUACAUCUUCCAGCAGUGCGAGGCUCCCAUGGAAGGUUUCCAGCUGUGAGGCGCUCCUGUGCGCUGCGUUGCACUUGCCCAUCCAGCCCUAUUGUAGAGCUCUGAGUUGCCCACAGAGUGGUCCUGUUUUCCAUAAACCUGUGUGAGCUCAUUUGCUUGCUUUGCACACACGCUUCCUUACAAACACAACUGGAAAACGUUUGGCUCUUUGUUGUAGGACGCCACUUCGGUAAGGGCUUACCCUAGCUGCUGUGCCCAUCUCUCCAGAGCUUGGGCACUUCUGCAAAGAUGUCCGUUUUCCCCAAUGAAGUACACACUAAAGUGGUGUAAUCCUAGAUUCUAAAACAAGGGUGGAGUUUCCUUUGUGUGUCUGUGUGUGUGUUGCAGUGUUCUUGCUAUCGAGAAAGAGGAUUCGAGAGACUCUUCCUUUCCAGGCAGUCCUUGAGUGCCUGUCUCAUUGGAGGCUCACACAGAAUUUUGAAUGGUGGUGGUUCUGUGUGUGGCAGCUUGGGCUUCUGUUAAUCUAUAUAUAUGUAUGUAUACUAUAUAUAUACAUAUAUGAUACACAGAGAUACAGGAAGGAGCUCUCUGUUUCCUGCACUUACAGCCGCCAGUGAAUAAGCUGCUCCAGGUUCUUGGAACAAUGAACAGUUGACAGCAGGCAGGAUUCCUAUGCUGCCAUUUUGACUGCAUGGGGUUUGUUCUCUUCUGUCUGCAUGAGGAACGGAGCCCAUCUCUCUGUACCUCCCAUGGGGCAGCCAGGGCUCUUUUGAAGAUGUCUGAAAUCCUGUCAGGGAUAGAGGAACUGUUCCUGUCCAUCUGCCACAGCAUCAAUUGGCUCCCUCUACAUUCAGACUGAAAUCUCUUUCAAGUUUCGAAAGUGGUCCUCAUUAACAUGGUUCCUGCUGAGAAAUCCACGCUUGAGUUUUUGUAAACGUCUUGGUUGAACAGGGCUGUCUGUAAAUCACAUUCUGUUGUAAAUUCUUGAUAUGCUAAAAUAUUGAAGCAAAGAAGAUAAGUGGCUCCCUGGGCCACCUCUGCUAACGUGGACUGUAGCUUCUAAGUCAGGCCAGAAAGGGACACCUGGAUUCUAUAAACUUCACUUAAAGGCACAUAGAACGCUCUUAUGACUAAUGAAACCUAAGUUCUGAAAUCAUCUAAUAUUCUUGACUGACACCGCUCAUUUAAUCCUUAGUACAGCUGAUCUCUGGCCAAACGCCAUCACGUCAGCUUCCUGCAACAACCAGGGGUGUCGUCGUGCCAUCUCCAUGUCUGUAGAAUGCUCUCUUGACUAGCACCAAGAUGGCUCUCCGAUACGCUCGGACGGAAGACAUUGGAUAUGAACGCCAAUUGUUUUGAGCCUCUUCACCAAGUCCAAGGCCAGCCGACUCCGACAGCAUAGUCUUAAUUUAACUUGGCAUCAGCCAUGAUCAGCAGUGUUGUUCACUCUCUUGUGAAUGCAUGGAUCUUGCAGGAGGCUUGCACCCUGUUCCCUGACCGGGCGGCACCUUGAGUCAGUUUGACUUUCCAGGACUUGACCUUCCAUUACAAACAUUGUGAAUACAUAAUAAAUUCUGUUGUCAGAAUUGGUUUGACAAGAUUCUUCGUGUUAUAAUUAACGGAAGAAAACUGACAUCGCCUGCAACGAAAUAUACUUUGUCAACCUAUUAGGAGGUAUGGUCUCAUCAGUGUUCUUCUGUGUGACUGACCCUUCUCCUGAACACUUUGUAUCUAUGUCUGUGCUUUUAGGAUGGGAGCUCUCGCGGCUGCCAGUUCUGUGCAUUCUUCAUCAGCCUCCACCCUCUUAAGUUAACUUCCUCUAGUUUUGUGCUGCUUUAUGAAGAAGCAUCUCUAGGUUACCAUUUCAACUUCAGUUGUUUGUAACUUUAAAAUUAGGGCUGGGCUGAGAUGGGGGGGCGGGCAUGUGUUUCGCAAUAAACUUAUUUCCCAUUUUGGUUAUUGUUCUGGGGGAAAUUUAAAACUAGGCAAAAAAAGUUGGCCCCCUACUAUGAGAGAAGGGAAUCUGUGGCCUCUCUCUGAUUCGGCAUAGUGGGAUCAUCACGUAACCAAAUCCAGCAGGAUUGCCUGGAUUGAUGUUUAAAAAGGGGGGAAAGGCACCAAACCGCAGAUGGGAGAAAUAAUCCACAGUGAACAGGAAGCAAACAAUGUACAAGAAAGGUAAGCGAGGUGUGAGAAGAGUAGUUUCAUGGGGUGUAUUGUGGGCAAAAAAUGAAGUACAGUCUGGUUGGUUUGUUCUUUAAAUUAGGUGGCUAAUCUUUAUAACAACCUCAAUGUUGCCUUUAUAUCCCAUAGUAAACCAUGUUUCUUUAAGGGUGGUAGCAGCACUGAUGAAUAGCCAUCUUGUUUCAGCUUUCAGAUUUUUUUUGUGGCUGAGUUUUUUAAAGUGUAAAUUACUGAUGACAUGUCAUUUCUAUAAGAUUUGUUUCAAAUCAUGUACUUUAAUUGAUAGUUUUUUGGGGGGCAGCAAGCUGCAUAUUUUGUAAGCCAAUUUCAGUGAAGGGUGCAUGUGGUACAGAAAUGUCUCACAUGCACAAACACUGACAGUGUGUAUAUGUGUGUGCUUACCUAGAGUAUAUAUGCACAGGCACACUCCUCCAAUGUGUGUGCUAAUGUGUAUGUAUAUAUGUAUAUUUACACACAUCCUAUAUCUUUCUCACACCGAAAGUUUUUCUCCCAAGCUAGUGAGAACGUGGUGCAUUGGUGUUCCCGCUAGGAAAUAAUGAAUUCUCUCUUUAAAGGAGUGAAUUAAACCAUAAAUACAUAGAAGUGAAA